AUGAGCGGACUCCACGGGAGCAGCGGUGUCUUGUUGAGCGGCAUUGGUGACUCAGGACUGCUGCAUUUGGAGGCGCCCAACGGAACGAUGGAGGAGGUUAUUUGGGACGUCUGCCGGGAGGGCGGCGACCAAGCUGUCGCUAGAGGAUUCGUCUCGGUCGGCGGCAUCUCGCCGAGCUCACAGGCUCGGGAUGCGGCUCAAACUGAGGUUGAUCAGGCGCAAGUGAAGGUCGACUUGUUACCUGAAAAUUGCCCAGGGCUUACACCAUCCGGAGAUUCCCUGCCUUUUGACGUCGGCGAGGCUACGCUUCCUACUCUGGAGUACGAAUUGCGUGUGGUGAGCGUGGUGGCUACACGCACAGCGAUGGGGGUGACCGCUGCAACUUCUGAAUGGGCGACCGUGGUACAAAAAUUAGCGCAGCUCAACCGAGAAGAGUCUUUCGCAAAGACCGCUGGUGUGCGGAGCCCCAUGUCGCCGUCAGGCAAGAUGCCCAAGGAUACGGCGAACAGAAUCAAGGAGCGUAUCCGUGCGGUGAUCCAACGUCUUUUGUCGUCUUAUGUUCGUCACUUGAUAACGCGUUGCGCAAAGACGUUGCGGCAGGUUUCGCCUUAUCGGGACGCUUCGACACCGGUGGAUCGUACAGGCACAGAUGGAUGA